CAUGUGAAAAUAGUACAAAUCUCUACUUUAAAGAUAGUUGGGUACCUACUGCUGAAAAUGUGGGCCAAAGCGAAGUUAUACUGGUCGAAAACCAAUCGUUGGCAUAGAGUGUUCCUGAUAUUUCUGAUAGUGGAGCUGCGAUUGGUCCCCGGAGGUCAAGUAGGAUUCUGGUGUAACGACCCGGCGCUGUCACACCCGUUCACCGGAGACACAAUCAACUGGAAAUGGCUGCUGGUUACAACCAUAUUCCUUCCGCUGGUUGUUAUGUUGAUGGCGGAAAGAAAAUACCAUAAAAAUGAGAAGUCCAAGUUAAAAACGAAAUCUCGAGCAUUGUCCUGGUACAAAGAGUAUCUGUUUGGUCUUCUCCUCAAUAUAACAGUAGUACAAACCCUCAAACUGAUGGUGGGGUCUCCGAGACCGCACUUCUUUGACACAUGUCAGCCGGAAGAGGCUUCAAGCUGUCAAGGAUCAGAAUACGUGCAGAGUUACACAUGUACAAAGGCAGUAUGGCAACACCAGUCGGACAAGAGCUUUCCAUCCGGACACACGUCGCUGGCGUUGCACGCGGGAAUUUAUAUAGCAUAUUAUAUGCGUCGUCGCGCAGGGGAGACUAGGGUAAUAUGGGGCCUGCAGGGUCUGACGCUGCUGAGCGCGCUGUAUUGCAGUUUGUCCCGCAUGUCCGACAAUCGCCACCACUGGUGGGACGUGCUUGCGGGUGCCACACUCGCGUUGCCCAUACUGUUGUACACCAUCCUAUUUCUCUGUAAAAACUUCGAGUGUAUCGAAAUUAAUUGCGAGACUGAACCUCACACCGAUCAGUCCACAGCCACCAGUGGUACAGAUAAAUCACACACCAGUGUCGCAGCCACAACCAGUGAGACAGACAAAUCAUAUAGCAACGGAACAGAUGUUCAUACGUUACAGAGUUAA